AUGUUACGACAGGAGAUUGCUUACUUUGAUGAACCCUCUCAUGCACCUGGACGUCUAACUGCUACUCUUGGCAACUAUGCACUAAAGUUAAAUGUCCUUACUGGCACUCAACUAGGUAUAUUCGCUCAGCUCACUGCUACUGCGAUUGCCGGCAUAAUAGUAUCCUUUACAGCAUCACCUAAGCUAGCUGCUGUUAUGUUGGCAACUCUCCCCUUAUUAGCUGGAGCUGGUGCAGUGGAUACAAUGACGAGUUUUGGUGACGGGGUUGGCAAGGCGGAUGAUGAUCUAUCAGGCCAGGCUAAUCAAAUAGCCUCAGAGGCUGUUCAAAAUCUCCGAACAGUGAGAGCUCUCACUGCCGAGGUUCGAACUCGAGAUCUGUACGAUUGUAUUCUUACUAAGCUGAGGAUCGUUUCCAUUAUGACGAUGCUCAGGUUCGCGAUGUUGAUUAUGAAGUCGGCUAGUAAGCAGAGCAGGCGAGCUCUCCUGUCGGGCUUUUUCUAUGGGCUGUCCAGUGCUAUGAUAUUCUGUGCAUUAGCACUUGGUUUUUGGUAUGGUGCGGUAUUGAUCCAAGAAGAGGGUUUACCGUUUGAUAGUAUGAUACAAGCCGUUAUGGGAGUCUUCCUAUCAGCUUUGGGCAUAGGCCAGGCCUUAGCAUUUUCAGGAGAUAUAAAGGAGGCUCGCACGGCCGCUCACGAUGUAUUUGAGCUACUUGAUCGGACCAGUAAAUGCGAUCCACUGUGUCCUGACGGGAGGAAGCAGAGCAUUUUUGCGGUAG